AUGGCUAAUUUAGCUGAAAUCGUUGGCAACAUCAGAGCUUGUGUUAUUUCCAGUAAAGGACUUUCUCUGAAAACACUCUCUGGUGCCCUUGAAGAAUUCUUUCAACAAAUUCUAACAGGAGAAGAAGCAGUCAGAGAAAGAUGCUUGAAAUUUUUAGUUCACUAUGUCAAAAAACUGGACUCAGAUGUUUUCAACAAAGAAGCUGAAGAUUUGCUUAUUACCGAGUGUAAGAAGGUUUUACAGUCUCAGUUGGUGUGGAAUGACCCUGAUGCGUUUGACAUGGUGAUGGAUCUGCUGGGACUGACUCACCUCGCCAAGUCGGUCGUAGGACAGCGGGAACAAGGAGCAGGUCGCCAACUGCUCCAUGGACUCAAACGAGCUUUGCCCUUCUUCUCGGCCCAGGUAGAUUCACAGAAGUUUGUCGAGUACCUUUGUGAGCAGGUCCUUCCCACAAUGCCCGUCAUAUCAGCCUCAAAUAAGAACUCGGCGAAUCAUUCGGAAAUCUUCAAAUUGCUGGCCGAGUUAUGUAGUCAUUGCAACACAAUCUCCAACCCAGAGACCCAUACAGCCACAGUCUUGAAAAAACUUAUUGAGUACAUGCCACUGCCCUCCGCCUCAGACGACAUACCAGAGCCUAACCUGAAGUACUCGUACGUAGAGUGUCUCAUGUAUUCUCUAUACAAGCUGGCUCGACACUGCCCCGACAUCAUUACUAAAGACCCUGAGAAACUGGAAGACUUCCGGCUAAGGCUAAAAUAUUUUGCUGGAAGAAUCCAAGGAUAUAAGAAAAAAAAAGCCAUCGACUUAGAGACGUUGAAUGCGACUAUCAAUAUCAAGUAUAUGAUCAAAAGAGACACACUUCCAUCUCAUUUGAAGAAGGCGACAACAAACACAGCAGGACGGACUCUAGGCCGAGGGAACUUUGCCAGCCUUCCAGCGGCAAAUACAGCAAGAACGUCUCCAGUAACAGAAUAUUCCUUGGAGAAAGAAGCAAUGAUCCAGAGAGAAGUUACCAUCAACGAUUUAAUGACCACAAAGAACGUAUGA